AUGGCAUCUACUCGAUAUUGCGCUGGCGCAUUUUCGCAGCCUCGUGCUCAACAGCAACCACAGACCAUCAACCCAGCUUUGUUAUUGAACCGAGGACCACAUGCCCUUCAAUCUUCAGAAGCUCCUUCACAAUCCCUUCAUUCUUCAAACUUCACUCAGCCACAACCUAACAUCACCUCAAGUCCCUCUCCAUAUGCCACCAAUGCAAGAGAUGCGUGGAUGGGUAGCUCAGGGUACCCAAUGAGCUUCACAAGGAGUAGCAUGGGAAACUUCCGACCAAACUGGGAGUUAUCCAGCUACGAACCCGAACCAUUAGAACCUCUCUUUGGCCUAGAACAGCAUCUCCCACCUCUACCAUCCCCUCCUCAGCAGCGAACACCACCGGUGCCACGCUUCAGACCAAACGUUGGAUGGGUUCCUCAACACCGUCAACCGACCUACUUUAACGCAAACGUCAAGGUCAUGUGUAAUGGACAGGAGAGAUUGGUUCCACAUCGUGCUUAUGUCAUGCAGACGAGAGUUAGAUAG